AUGGCUCGUACUAUGCUGUCGACCGCUGCCGUCGUCUUUGCUUUGAUGCAAAGCAGGCUCGCGCUUGCACAGGGCAUCAAGACGCUCCCAAACAUUGCUGCCAACUGCAACAAGUGGCACAUUGCCGUCAGCGGAGAGGGCUGCUACUCUGCGUACUCAGCGGCCGGCAUCACAGCCCAGCAAUUCUUUGCGUGGAAUCCGGAUGUCCCCACGACCUGCGCGAGCAACUAUCUCCCAGACUACAGCUACUGCGUCGGCAUCGACCCUUCCAUAUCCAUAACCAAGUCGUCCACGACGAGCAAGUCAUCGUCGACGGCCCCUUCCACCCAGCAGCCGUCCCCUCCGUCAGGGGGAAUCAAGACACUUCCCAAUGUGGCUGCCAAUUGCAACAAGUGGCAUAUCGCCGUCAGCGGAGAGGGCUGCUACUCUGCGUACUCAGCGGCCGGUAUCACGGCCCAGCAAUUCUUUGCAUGGAAUCCGGAUGUCCCCACGACUUGUGCGAGCAACUUUCUUCCCGACUAUGCGUACUGCGUAGGCGUCGACCCGACAUUGCCCACUACCAGGCCAUCCACGACAAGCAAAUCCUCGACAAGCUCAUCCACAGCGAGCAAGUCCUCGACCAAGCCGCCCACACCGACGAGCAAUACAGACCCCUACACGAUCGCCCACCCCGUCACAAGCUGGAAGAUCACGUCCACGUCUGCGGAGACCAGCUUCCCACCCAGCCGUACGCAGACAGGCCAGCCCGGCAAUUGCAACGACUGGCACCUUGUCAGUGGCGGCGAGACGUGCCAGUCGAUCCGCAAUCGCUACCGCAUGGACAUGGACGACUUGCUGGACUGGAAUCCCAGCCUCAUGGACGACUGCUCGGGCCUCCAGCUCGGCUGGUGGGUGUGCAUCCACCUGCAGCCUCAAAAGCAGGCCUCCAUCGUCUUCAACAACCCAGAAACCCCCGUUGUCAUCCCCACGGGUAGCUCGUCGUACACGGACACAGUCACGUCCCAGCUGCCGGACUUCACGCCGGUGCCCAGCCACGGACCCAUGCCCAGCGACUGCGUGUCGUGGCACUUUGCAAAGGCUGGUGACCGGUGCGAUAACGUCCUGGCCAAGAACCCCCUGAUGAGCCGCAGCCAGUUCUUCCAAUGGAACCCCGUGCUCAACGGUAAUUGCGACGGCCUGUGGACUGGCGUCUACUAUUGUGUCUGGGCAGGCAGCUUGGGCGACGCCCUGCCGGCCCCUCCCACCGUGUCGACCCGGCCAGGCAAUACCCCCGGCGACAGCACAGCUAACUGCGUGGCCUGGUACCAGGCGACUAACGGCGACGACUGUAAGCUGAUUACCGACAUGUUUGGCCGCUUCAGCCAGACCGACUUUGUGUCCUGGAACCCGUCGGUGGACAGCACCUGCAGCGGCAUCCGUGACGACACGUACUACUGCGUCGGCGUGCCCGGCACGCCCACCACGCGCACGAGUGCCGGCCCCUCGCCGACCGCGCCACCCGUCGAAGCCCCGACGCAGAGCGGGCUCGCUGCAGACUGUAGUGACCUGUGGCUCGUCUCGUCACUCGACUCCUGCGAGUCCAUUGCCAGGAGCAAGGGGAUCGCACUGAGCGACUUUUACAAGUGGAACCCGUCGGUAGCCGGCACGGGGUCGACAUGUGCGGGCCUCAAGGCGGGCUACAACGUUUGCGUCAUGGUCAAGGGCGGCUCGGGUCUCCCGCCCAGCGCUACGGGCAUUGGCCGGCCGACGACAACAACAGCGUCAGGCACUACUUCUGCUUCUUCGGCAGGUCCAUCGACUUCAUCCGCCCCGUCUUCCACACCGACGGCUCUCAGGAAAAGCGAAGUCCAGGAUGGCGUCUUUGCCUCGUUCGACUGCGAAGACAUCCAAGUGCAGUAA